AUGUCUAUGUUCAAGAAUUCCAGCAACGUCCUUGUAACUGGAGGCAAUUUCACAGCGCACCAACCGGUUACCGUCACCCACAACCAUAGCCAUAACCAUAACCACAGAUCAGUUGAACGAAACCGCUACACCCCGCCGCGAAAAAUUCAUCGAGAUGGUGAGUGCCCUAGUUCAUGGAAUCGCAUUUAUCGAUACUCAACAGUCCGACCCUUUGUAGACGUUGUAGGUCUUCUUCUCAACCAAAGUGCCCUGGCUGGUCUCCUCGACUCGGAGGAGCGCUUCGACGCACCAAAAUGCGAUCCAGACACCCGGUUGGGAAUCAUAGAUGCAUUGUCUAACUGGGUUGAGGCUGGGAGUUCAUCCUCGUCCUCGUCUUUACUAUGGCUGCACGGUCCAGCUGGAGUGGGCAAGUCCGCCUUGGGCCAGCAGAUCGCACUUCUGCUCAAAGAGAAAGACAACCACGCAGGCAGCUUUUUCUUUUCACGGACGUACCCCGGGAGAAACAACGGGAGACUGCUCAUCGCGACUCUGGCGUACCAGCUCGCCAUGAACUUUCCGCCCGUUCGAACCUACUUGGCCAAAAAUCUGAAGAAAAAUCCAGGCGUCUUCUCGCUCUCUAACAAGGUCAAGAUGCAGCUGCUGAUUGUUGACCCCAUAAACGCAUUGUCCAAAUCGUGGAGAUACAAUAUCAGCAACCUUCUCUUUCCUUCGCGGGUUCAGCCACGGUUGAUGGUGAUCGAUGGAUUGGACGAAUGCGAUGAUCCCGAAAUUCAAUGCGAUAUCUUAAUGGUUGUCGCCUAUGCUGUGCAACAGCUUCGCAUGCCUUUCCGAAUCAUCAUAGCAAGCCGCCCAGAAGCGCACAUUUUAUCAACAUUAAGACACGAGAUCUUCAACACCAUUAACUACACCCACAAGAACCUAGGAGAAGACUCUGAGGCUGAUAGUGAUGUUCUCACUUUCCUUACCAAAGAAUUUGAACAUAUUCGAUCAAAUCAUAAAUUGGCUGCCUAUCUCCCGGAGAGUUGGCCAUCGACAGCCGAUAUCGAAAAGCUCGUCCUUAAAUCUUCCUCUGGUUUCAUAUACCCUGCUACGGUCAUCAAGUAUAUAAAGUCCGACCACCUGAGGCCUGACGAAUGUCUGAAGGUUAUUCUUGGUCUGUCUGCUAUUGACACAACGGAUCGACCAUAUGCUCUAUUGGAUGAUCUCUACGACUAUAUCUUCAGGAAUACUCAUUUGGCACACAGGCAAUCUAUCAAAGCUAUUUUUGAUGUCCUGGUUAUUCCCCGAGUCGACGGAGACGAACUUGGCGUUUUUACAACUCCUGCCAAUCUAGAGGAUCUUCUUUCCUUCCCCAAAGGUCAUGUCGAACAUGUCUUGGGGUACUUAUUAUGUCUGGUUAGUCUCCACGGCAGGGACAAGCCAGUGAAGCUGCUUCACGCGUCGCUGUCCGAUUUUCUUCUGGAUCGAAAUCGGUCAGGCCCUUUCUUCACAGACGUUGGACUCGCCCACAGAUCACUCGCCUCUGGCUAUGUUAAGCGAAUACAGAAAAAUGGCAUUUAUGAAAAAGAAACGACCCCGACAAACUAUGUCCUCGCAGCAAGGCACAGCGACGAGGCUCGCGAACACGGCCUCCCCAGUGUUAAGGCAUAUGCACCACUAGAUGAAUUGCACGAGCAGAUACUCCGAUCGACGCCUACGAUCAGAACUAUCAUCAAUGUGCUACUCUCUCCCCGAGGCGAUGACAAGCAGUCAUUCGACACGCCGCUGACAGUGGAUAUGCUCCAACAGAAACUGACAACCCAGGCACACCGGGACUAUGUUGCGCAUGCUCUUGAUGCAUUGCCAUAUCUCUUCGAUGUCAAGGAUGAUCUUGUCUUUGGAUUGCAGUCGUCAUUCCUUGGGUACCUUUUAGAUGAGUCUCGGUCUGGAAGCUAUAGCGCUGCCAAUUUAUAUUCCUCUUGA